AUGUCCCUCGGGAAUCUCUGGCCCGACAAGAGUGUCAUCCUUCCUCGACUAGCCGAUAAAGGAGAGGGUCAACAGGCCUCAGAUAGCGAUAUCUCUCAGUCCACCUCAGUUCAGUCAGCUCUCUUGUUCUUCUUACUCAUGUCAAAGCCUUCGAUACAGCUUUACGUAUCCACCGUUACCCAACUUCGAGGCAGCUGUUAUUUAUAUCCAGGUGAAUUGUUUGAUUUCUUCUCAGUUUUUCUACAAAAAUAG